AUGGAAAAUAUGGACACGAUCCAAUUCCGCCAGCGGAUCAACCAAAGACGGCGGGAUGGACAGCCGCUUAGGGACGACGAAAUCAACUUCAUUACCAACCAAAGCACAGACCUGGCCGGCUCACCGGACACAAAAUACCCUGAGCAGGUCCAAUGGGCAGCAAAAGCCGAGCAGGUGUUGAGCAAACCCGCGAAUGAAAUCACAGCCGACGACGCUAAAAAUGUCACGGCAAAGGAGGUGCAUCUUGAUCUUCAUCACGGGACGAAAUUAUGUUAA